AUGAAGUCCUACGUUAUCGCCACUGCCAUUGCAGGCUUCGCCUCUUCCGUUGCUGCUCACGGUAACAUCGUUAACCCUACUCCUCGAAAAGCCGGCAAUGGUCUGAAGCAAGCUUGCGGUGACCAGGUCUUCAACACUCAGAAUUCCGACAUGUACGGCAACGUCCAAGGCUCUAUCCAGAACUUUCAGGGCAGCCGCCCUGAUUGCCGUAUCUGGCAAUGCAAGGGUAUUCCGUUCUCCGAUCACACCCAAGUCUACUCCUACACCCCCGGCGAGGUGGUAAAGAUGAACGUCACCAUUCGUGCGCCUCACGACGGUCAUGCCAAUGUUUCCGUCAUCGACCUCGCUACCGACAAGGUCAUCGGCAAGCCCCUCAUCAGCUGGGACAAGUACGCCUUGACCUCUGUUCCCCUCAGCCAGCACCCCGAGUGGACCGACUUCAGCAUCACCAUGCCCGACGUCAGUGAUCACUGCAACAAAGCUGGUGUCUGUGCGAUCCAGUGGUUCUGGGAUGCACCCACCAUCAACCAGACAUACGAGUCUUGUGUAGACUUCACUAUGGGUGCUGGCUCCGGCUCAGAUUCCGGUUCUGGCAACUCCACUGCUCCUGCUCCUUCUCCAGUCGACAACUCCGGCUCUGCCCCUGCUACAUCGCCUUCUGCUUCGCCUGUCCCAGUCGAAGGCUCCAGCUCCGACUCUGGCUCCAACUCUGGUUCCGGUUCCGCGCUCCCAAAGACCUUCACUCUCGACACCUUCAUCACCUGGCUCCGCACCAAUGCCGGUUCUGGUGUUGCUAACAAGGUGCGCAGUGUCAUGGCCGCCGGAGGCGUUCAUCCCCGAGCUUUCCGUGGUUAA